AUGGGAUUUUUGUCUAGUAUAAUCACUGAAGUAAAAGAAAAUCCAAACUUAUCAUCUUACAAAACAACAUUAAAUGAAGCAGUAAAUGAAUUAAACAAAAAUCUUAAUAAAGGCAAAAAAGGUUUGGAGGCUGUGAUUGGCCCGGUCAAGGAGGGAAUUAAGGGGUGGUUGGGGGAGGUGGAAAAGAAAAAUAAUGAUGUAACGAAAUAUAUCGAUGUUUUAAAAAAUGACACGACUAAUGCUGCAACCGGUAUCGAAAAAUGGAAAAAUCAAGAUUUUGAUGAAGCCUCCAAAAAACAUGGUGAGUUGCACAAUUGGAUCAAAUCCAUCAAAGAAUUAUCCAACCAACCGUAUUAUGCCAUUCAUGCGGUCGAAUACGUCGAUGAAAAACUCAGAAACAAUUUACUUCCGCAUAUCAAUUUACUGAAUAACGCUAUUGACACUUUCAAGCAGAAUACGGUUGAGGAUUACGAUGGACUUCGCACGGUGUGCGAAAAGGUGGCUGCAAAAAGCAAUGAAAUUAUUGAUCAAGCAAACUUAGUCACGAAGACGGCAGAGAAGAAAAUUGAAUUGAUGACUAGUCAGCUGGAUAAUACGAUCACUGCACUUGAUGAGCAUGUUCAGAAAGCUGUGGAAGGUCUAGAAAACGCUACUCACGAACUAAACAAAUGGUCUGAAAAUCAAACGGAUUCUUCUCUUCAUAAAGCUCUUAAGCAAUGUGCCGAAGUUGUCAAGGAGCUCGAUUAUAAGGAAAACAAGAAUACGUUUUAUAUUCAACUUGCUGCCAUUGACGCUGCGAAAGACGUUGUUGCUGAGGUGCAGGGAACAUUGAGCAGCGUUAACAACCGCCUGAUGAUUUGGAUCACAAAGGCGGCAUUUUUGGUCAGCCAGUCCUUGCGUUUUGUUGCUACGAUUCUGGAUGAAUUGAAUGGAGAGGACGGUUCACAUAAUUACGUCAAACAGAUUAAGGACGCUGCGGGAAAACUAUAUAAGGAUGCAUUGAAGUUGAACGGUGCUAUGCGUGCGGCGCAUAAACAUAUCAGUGAAAAGGUCCGUGCAGCUUUGGAGGCAUUUGGUGAAGUGGAUAAGGCUGUCAGAAAGGAUUUAGCGCAGUUUAGGGAUCUUAUUAAAGCUGAGGUUGGAGUAUAUUUCGCUCAAUUAGGAGCCGUGGAAUAUGGUGUGGUUAAGCAGAGCGGUGAUGUAAGUCAGCUGGAUCAAAAAGUUGGAGCAAAGUUCAGAGAAUGGCUUCGACAAGCAUCAUCAACCUCAACAGUCAUUACUCAUACGAAAAUCCAAACUGAUCUGAGGUACCUCAAGAAGUCUUACAACGUCAAUGCUAAAUCAUCAACGCUAGAGGAGAUUUCCGCUUUCGCUGCCAUGGGGGAGGACGCCAAGGCGCAGAUUGAAAAAGAUUACGGCAGCGACAUAAAAGAUGUACCGAACCCUGAACAAAGAAUGGCGUCGUACAAUGCACAUGAUGGAAAGCAGAAGGUCACCAACGCUUUGGCUGCGAUUAAGAGUGAUACUAAUGGUCUGCUGAAGAUUGAAGAAGUGAAAGACGGAGAAGGAACCCGAAUAGACAUAUUGUCGCUACGUGCAUUGCAUCAACAAACAGAAACCUCUGUGAAGAACCUAACAGCUCUUAUACGAAAGUACGCCGGUGACGAAUCUCUAAAAAACGAUGGUGUCCAGCAAUACCUGACGAAAUGUAGAGAGUUAAUUGUCAAACAUGAGGACACUAUUGAAGUUGAAGGAGUACGUAUACCUGGGCUUCAAAAAAUAAAACAGGAUAUAAGCGGCCAACAAUCCCUUUUGUCUAAAUUAAUACAACCGGUAGGUGCGGCCGUCGAAGCAAUUAAGAUGAGUAUUACGAAAGCAUCCAAAAUAGUUGAUGACGCUACACGGUCCGAAACUAUAAAAGGCUAUAUAACGCAGCUACAAAGUGAGAUGCGGGAGUUAAAAAAAUCUCUAAAUUCGUUAAAUGCGGGAGAGCUGACAAAAGAGAUGCAAGCGGUACGUGCCGAAUUCGUCAAAACACAAGAUAAAAUAAUUCUCUACAUUAAACUUGUCUCUGAACAGUCGAAAUCACUUGCAAUAGAAGCUGCCAUUGACAUCAAGAAAUCCGCCCUCUCCCAGUUCGCCACGUCCAAGGCCGCCGUGCUCCAGAAGCUGAAGCAGUUGGUUGAGAAGGAGAAGGGAGAGAUUGAGAGGAUUAUUGAAGAGGAUUUGGAAAGCGGAUUGAAGGGGAUGAUGAAGAAAAUGAAAGAGAAAGAGAGUACGCUUGAAGCAAUUGAACAGCUUGUAACUGUGAGAGCUCCACCACCCCCGACAGUUAAGAGCGAUGGCACAAAACUGCGAGAAAUGUCUGGGCAUUUCAAAUCGUAUUACGACGCAGUGCACAAUCAUAUUAAGACACAAGUUGAAGAUCCUCCCAACCAGCCAACCAAAACAGUAACCAACUCCCCACCCACCGACCAACCCACCGACCCAGCCACGCAGCUAACCAAAAUCAAAACUAACUUCGACAAAUUACUUGGACAUUUAAUUGAUGCAAAACAGUCUAAAAAGUAUAAUUACGAUAAAACUUUCGUUGAUUUACUUAAUUCCCUCAAAAACGCCACUAACGAUUUAUCCCCCUCCGCCUUCGCCAACCCCCGGCACCCGGAGCUGCUCGAUGCGCUCAAAAAGGGGCUGGAGGGGUUUGUCGGCGAGAUGGAGCGGGUGUAUGUGAACGGGUAUGAUGGAGGUUCUGAGAACGUUUUAUUGGUAUAUGCAAACACCGAAAAUGUUACAGAAGAAGGAAAAAAUUGCGCCAAAAUAUUUUUGACGGUAUUGGAGACACUGUAUAAUGAUAUGCUGAAAUUAAAAAAAACGUGUGAUGAUUCUAAUAAUAAGCAAAAGCAGAUAAAUCUGCAACAUGGAAAUAAUCUUGGAGUAUUUUUCAAUAUGCGAGGCUACAAAGUGAGUGCGGAUAUAACGAAGCAGGAUGGUCAGCUGAGGAAUAAGCCGGAGUGCACGGGAGCGCAAGUCAGUGAUUUAUGUCACAAUGAAAUUACAAGCGCGGCGGAGGGAACCAAAGAGUUAAUGCAGAAAUUCAAACUCCUUACAGACAAGGGUGCCGUGAAACUUAUCAAUUUACUUGCUUGCCUAAACCACCAUAUGUCCUACCUUAAGGAACUCUUCCCCAAACCUAAAGCAGAUGAAGACAAGCCGUAUGAAGCUAUAUCCGAUACAUCACUUAGCCUGGAAGGAACUUCGAGUCUUACAGCAAAAAUACUGAAAGACAGGCUUGGGACGGUUUGUGUAUAUUCCCAUGAUACACUUAUGGCCAUCCUCGGUCACGGCCAUUCCAAAGGCCGAUAUGCCUGUGAAUUCUAUAUUAACGCCGAUAAUUUAAAUUAUCCUAGUAAUCCAGCUGCGUGCUUUGACAUGCUUGUGGAUAUAUUGAAUAGGGUGUAUCACCAAUUUCGAUUCUUGUAUAGUCAGUGUCAAAACGGACCGGAAGCCGGAGGUUGGGGUGACUGUCAUUACGGUCAACACGUCGGUGGAUCGUCGUGGACCUGUAAUGAAAAGCAGUGUGCCAUCCAAUUAUGUCCCCAGCUGGCUGAUCAAAAGGCCAAGCAAACGGCUGACCAAAACGAUGACCAAAAGUGCAGCCAACACCCUGUGUGCGGUGUCAAGUCUCCCCUCCAAGCAUACCUCGAAGACGGCCUACAAGGUUUCCUCCCUCAUCACCUUACUAAGCCGUGUCUAACUCCCAUGGGUUUCGCUGACAUCGGAAUUGCGGCGUCGCAUACGAAAAAAGGUAAGUACAUAAAGCAGGCCCUUUCCGGUUUCUGCGCUUACAAAUCACCCCUCACUCAACUGUGCGCUCAGCUAAACUGUCUCCUGCGGCGAUCACCGCAGACACUUGGUGAAAUGUUCUCUUUCUACCAUAAAUUCCUUAUGAACUGGAACAAUGUGGGUAAGGAGCAUAAGAAGCAGGCAUUUGAAUCGGCAGUAAAAGAAGCCAACUUCGGAAACAUAGAAACAACGUUGGAUGUUGUUUGCAUACAGAUGAGCAAGAAGCACGACAGUCACAGUACUGGUAUACGCAAGCAACCCAAAGGUGAAUUAUUCAGUCUUAUAUCCUGUGAGGAUGACACAAAACCAGGCUUACCCUGCGGUCCAUACUUACAAUCAAUCAGCGACGAUAUAACAACGGUCUUCUCUAAGAAAAACGCUCGCAACUAUUUGUCGUGGGUUGUGUACAUGACCGAAACCUUUUAUGAUCUUCUAGCACAGUUGUAUAAACAGUGCUGCAAUCAGUGUAAUAAGAAGGGUAGCAGAUGCUACGACAAGGGCUGUGACAAAGACUGUCAGGUUCGAUUCAGCUAUGGAUAUGAGGUGUCCAAUGAGCGAGGUUUACCGCAAGGCUUUGAUACUAUUAAACACAGAACCUCCUGCAAUUCCAUAGUUCAGUGCCGCAGUACUCAUGCGCUUAUAUACGCUUGCGGGUUUACGUUCGGCAGCCCAUAUGCAUUACGUGGCGUAAAUGAUAGGAAGUUGAAACGUACAUGUGAA